GCGCCAACGGUGUGUGCGCGAGAAGAGGAAGGCGAGCCGGCGAGAGCGAGGCUUUUUGGCCGGAAGCGAGGAUGGGGGAGGACGAAGAGGCGGCGGCGGAGAUAGAGGCCGCCCCCCAGGAAGCCCUCCCGGGCGCCGAGGCGCGCAGCUCAUCCCCGGCGGCGCAGAAAUCCCUCAGCAUGGAGGAGAUUCCUGCAGCCAAACCAGGGAAAACACCAAUCCAGCUGUUACAUGAAUACAGCUCAAAAGCUAAUCUCAAUCCUAUAUAUGAAUUUGAAAAAGCGGAGGGAGAAGUACAUAUGCCACUCUUCACCUUUAAAGUCACCGUAGGUGAUAUAACAGCAACAGGAGAAGGUCCCAGCAAGAAAGUUGCAAAACACAGAGCUGCAGAAGCUGCACUGACCAUUUUGAAAGAGAGUUCCCAUAUUUGUAUGUCUGUACCAGACCCUGUAAUCCCAGAACCAUCCAAUCAACCACCAAAUCAGACCAAUCCCAUAGGUUCAUUGCAGGAGCUGGCUAUUCAGAAAGGUUGGAGGCUUCCCGAGUAUUCACUGGCAAAGGAGACGGGGCCACCUCAUCAGAGAGAAUUUUCAAUCAUUUGCCGGAUAGAAGCUCAUGUGGAAACAGGAAUGGGGACAUCUAAAAAAUUAGCCAAGCGAAAUGCUGCUGAGAAAUUAUUAGAAAAAUUCCACAAUUUUUCUGGAGAUUGUAUUAUAAAUUCUUUAGGGAACGAACAGAGUCAUAAUUUGGGAUGUACAUGGGACACCUUAAGGAACUCCACAGGAGAAAAAAUUGCCUUAUUGAAGAUCAGUCCUCUCAGUAUUCCUAAUACAGAUUAUGUGCAGCUCCUUGGAGAAAUUGCAGACGAACAGGGCUUUACUGCAACGUAUUUGAACAUCGAGGAACUCAGUGUGAACGGACAGUUCCAAUGUCUUGUAGAAAUUUCAACCAAUCCAAUCACAGUUUGCCAUGGGACUGGAAUUUCUUGGGGCAAUGCCUAUAAUGUGGCUGCUCACAAUGCCCUACAAUAUUUAAAGAUCAUGGCUGGAAGGAAGUAAACCUCAAGCAGAAUGAAAUAUUUAGAGAGGAGCAUAAUUUUAAAGGGUAUUUAUUCAAUAUGAACAGUUUUCCAGAUUAUUGGGACUAUUGGGAUAGGUAGACUCAGGAAUCCCAGGUACAUACCUAGCAACAGACAUGGGGAGAUCCAUCAUUAUGAUUUACUCCCAAUUACAGUAACUUCCCUUCUUGAAUGACUGGGCUGAGGAAAGUGCUUAGCACAGAAUUAAGGAAGUUUUCUGGGGUGCAUUAAGCUUUAGCACCACAAUGUAGGUCUGAGCCUUUAUAGCAUAUAUCCUAAAGCUUUCAGACUCUUCCAUGAAAGUCAUGAAACCAAAGCCGAUGGCAUCUGAAAACCUCCUCACCCCAGGAAUGACUGUUUUGAAAAGCUGCAUGUGAUGGUCUGAUGUCUUACAAAUUUUCCUGUAUUUGGAUUUUUCUUUUAUUGUGUGAAUUUUGGCCUUUUAAAAAUCUAUGGUUUAAAAAUGGAUUUUUAUAGAAAGAAUGAAUUUAUGAACAUCACUACCCUUUUUUCUAUAAACGUGCCAUUAGUCAUUGUUUAAUAAAUUGAUUUUGAAGAACAGCUGGACUAAUAAACUUCAUUUUACCUUUAUAUUUUAGAAUAGAAAUUCAUUGCUUGUUUUGUAAAUAUGCAGUAAUAAAAUCAUAACAUGGAGCCAGCAUUUUUUAGAGGUAAUCCCAAUAGGCCAUACUGGAUGGGAAAAGAGGUGUCUCCAUGUUCUUUUCACUGGAAAUAAAUACAGCUGUUAAUAUGAAA